UUGUGGUUGAGAUCUGACAGAGAAAAUUUGCAAAAGUUGUGCAUAAUAUUCUUAAUGUAACUCAAUAUUUUAUGUAUUAGAUCUCAGAUUUAAAUAUAAAAAAAUGUGUUUCAAUUUGUGUACACAUUUGCAUUGAGUAAUUUAUACUUUUUCCAAUAACACUGUACACAUGGAUUUUUGUUUAACUUUCAACUGUAAUGGAAAAGUGAAUCUUAAUGAUUGGGAAUUAGAUAAAAAUGGUUUAUUCUCACAAGGAGAAGUGGAGAAAGUUUUGUAUCCACAAGAUGAAUGUCUCUCAUCAGAAAAGAAUAUACAACUUUUUAACUACACUGUGCCUUCUACAACAGCAUUGUUAGAUCUAAAACAUUUUAACAAAUGCAUGAAUAUGCAAUUAAAAAUACUCAGUAGGCAUGAGACUUAUAAUCAAGUUUUAAGUUCGAAGACAGAUGAUAUAGAUUUUUAUUAUGUAAGAUGUAUAAUAUCAGAAUUUAUUCUAUAUAUUCGAAUGUAUCUAAAUAGUAUAAAAGGGAAUUAUCAAUCAUUGCAAGUUAUAAAUGAAAAUAUUGAAGAAGAAUUUAGUGAAUUAUUCAUUAUAAUAAAACAUUUCCUAGAAAGAAUACAUAAUAUUCCUGAUACAACAUUUCAUUAUGCACCCUCUAAAUUAGGCAAUCAGUGUACACAACCAGAAUAUCAUAUGUAUCAUAUGCACAUUGAAUUAAGGUGGUUCUUUAUCUCAUUAAUGUAUACAAAAGAUAUAUAUAGCCAGUAUUCAAUCGAAAACCAUUUGGAUGAAUUUGAAAAUGUUCAAGCAAUGAUUAUUAAUGAUCUAAUUUAUAUUUCAUUAAAGAUAUUUGAGACGAUACCUUUGACACAAGUACAACAGAAAACUCCAUAUAAUUGUACUUGUAUUCGUGAAUUAUGGCUUAUGCUUCAGAUAUUUAUUGAUAGUUUAUCUGAUAGAAUGAAAUCAAAGUCUUUUUGGGAGUAUAUUAAUGAAUGCAUCAAUAGAUUAUUGAACAGAAAUGUAUCUAGUAACAAUAAAGACUUUCUAACACUUUGUAAAAAUUCUGAGUUAUUCUGUUUAUGGAUUGUUCAUCAUCUUUCACUUUUAUAUGGAUAUAAUAGUGAUGGAAUAUACUUAGGAUCUAAAUGUUCAAGGAUCAGACCUAACUACGAGCAAGUAGAAAGAAUUUUGAAAACAUAUAUUUCUAAAGGUGGAAAAGAUGGCGAACGAGAUGAAAUUGAUGAAGAGUUGUGCAUUAUGAUACCUUUAUUAAAUACUAUUGUUACUAAUUGGUGGCACCCUCAAGUUUCAAUUAUUUCUCUUCUUUGGGACUGCUUUCAUAAAAGAUUAGAUGAACCAUUUUUGUUACAAGUAUCUGGCCCUUGGACAUUGUCAGUUGAAAAGAAAACUACUAUGGAUCUUCUUAAACAAGUAAAAGAUAGAAUUAGUAACACAGAAUGUAUUAAAGAAUCAAGUUAUGGAAUGUUCUUGCGUUUACUUGGAUCCUUUUUACGUAUAAAUUAUAAUAACAACGAUACAAAACAUUGGAAUCAAAUUAAAGGUCGCAUUUAUUCCAAAUUUUCUAAGGGUAAAGUUGAAGAAUUUUCAGUAACUGGCUUAUAUAAUUUUCUUUCAUUAUUCUUAACAUUAGCUGUUACUGCUGACACUACAAAUGUUUGUUCAGUAAUGUUAGAUCUUUUACCGUUAUCAAAAGAAUAUAAUAAUGAGAAUGGUAAAAAACAUAACUUAAUUUGGAAAGGAAAACUGGCUGUCCUUCUUUUAUACAAUGAUCUUAAACUGAACUUGGCAAAUAUAGCAUCUUUAUAUAUAAAUACGGUGAAUAUUAUAUGCUGUCGCAAAGAUGAUACUUCUCGUAUAAUGAUGAAUAAUUUCAUUGAUGUAUUUAGUACGAUUUUGUCAUCCACCAAUAUUGGAUUAGGAAAAUAUCUAUUAUUUAGUGGAUGGAUAGAUCGAUAUUUAUUAGAAUGUUCAAAUAAAAUGGUAGGAACGUUAAUGAAAGUGUUAAUUAACGUUUUCGAAAGCUGCAUUUACCUCGCUAAAAUUUCUAAUACAGGUGAUGUAGAACAGAUGCUGGAUGCUUUAUGGUGUUAUGUUGCAAGUAGAGUUAGGCAACUUGUAUUUGAUCCUGCUCUUACUAAUGUACACUUUGAAGAUAUUUCAAAACUUGCUGUUUUAUUUACUUUAGAAGCAUUGAAAAAUCCAACAACAGCAAAGAAGUAUAAGCAUUCAGCUACGACUUUAUUUCAGCACUUUGCAUCAUCAGUAAUUGUUAAAGACAUAAGAAUUACAAGACAUUAUUUGACAUUAAUACUUAAACGAGACCAAGCAAUUCAAGAUCUGAAGAAAGAAAUAAAAAAUUUUGAUACAAUAAUUAUACAAGCAUGGAUAAAAUGUUCCAUCAUUGGUCAUGAUACAAACAGGAAUGAAAUAAAAGUUUUACAAAAUUAUAUAUUACAAUUGGAAGACAUACAAAAGAUUUUUGAAACAUCUAAUGAUAUUCAAGAAUUUCAAAAUAACGAUGAGUCUAUUUUAAUGUUUAUAAUGCAUUCAAUGAAGAAAAGAAGCACUUUGAAAACUGAACAGGAACGAAUUCAGUACGAUAUAAAAUGGAGAUUGUAUUUCAAUCAUUUAGAAAAAUGGAUUCUUUUACCUAUUACGGAGGAAACUAAAGAUUCAGAAUUGGCUUUGUGGAUAUAUAGGUGCAUUGGAACACUAAUUCUCUGUACUUCUAUUAUGUUAUAUACUAAAGCAAGUAUAUGCAGUUAUUCUAUGUAAUUAAUGAAUGUGUGCGUUAUAGUAACUUAAAUUGCUUUUUAGAAUCAACCAAAUAACAUAUUCAAAACAUUACUAAAUAAAACUAUAUUGUCAGUGGAACAUAAUUUUUUAAAGAAUUUGGGAAAGAAGACGUUUUCUAUGAUACUUUUGGGUAUAGAAACCCUUAAUGUUAAAAGUGAUAUAUCACUUCAAGUAUUAAUACGAGAUCUUUUUGAUCAGUACAUGCCAUUUUUAAUAAUACCAACUACUAAUGCAAAUACUUUUAAAGUAUCUGACUCAUUACUAAAAUGCUUUAAAGAUGCAAAGGCAGAUUAUAUACGCUUGAUAUUUGAGAUUUUGAUGACGAAUUUUUUUAAUGUUUCGAAUGACAAUAUGAUGCAUAAACAUUUUUAUUUAGUAAUGACACUUUUACAAAAUCUGCUUAAAGAUGAAAUAAAUUAUGCAUGUCAUAUAGUAGAAUCCAUUAUUGUAAUUUGUACAUCAUAUAUUAUUGGAUGCUAUGUAAAAGUUCAUGACCAUCAUCCACAUAAACAACAGACUAUUGACUUUAUAAAUAAUAUUAUUAGAAAUAGAUAUUACAAAGAGAUUAGUUCUUUACAGGAUAAAUUCUAUAAUAUAAUGUCUAAUUCUGUUAAAAAGUCACUAAUAAUAAAUCAGCAUAAUACUUUCGAACUUUUACGUUCGAUUUUACCAAUAUCGACUGAAAUGGUACAAUUUUUAUCACCAGAACUUGAAUAUACUUUAAAUGAUUUGGAAAUCCAUCGACGUCCAAAUGCGGCAUCUUUUAGAUACUGCUGGAAUCAGCUUCGAAAUCUUAUGAAAAACAAUAUGACAAAUCACUAAUAAGUUUAAAAAAUUUAUUAAUAAAUGUAUGAGAGUAUCAUAAUGAUACUUUCUUAUUAUGCUACGAAUUAAUUAGAUACAUG